AUGCUGGGCGUUGAUGCUUCUUCUAAGCUAUUCUUUACUGCAAUUAUGGGGUGGGAGCCAAUCACAGACAUGAUCGAAGAGGGGCUUGCGCCGGAAGAGAUUGACGUGAUAUCUGCAUCAAUAUCAGACACGCUCUCAGAGUUUGGACGAAUUAACAAAACAGACAGCAUAGUCCUCGAUCUAGAGGAUUUUCUGCACAGUGUAUUUGAAGAGUAUGGGGUGUCUGUUUCAGACGAGCUUCUAAGCGAGUUAGUAGAGCUGGUAAUGAAAAUUCACAAUACUAAAAAUAAAAAUAGAGAAUAA